UCGGAGAAAUAAAUUAAAUCUAAAGUUUUUAAGCGAUUAUCGUAGUAAAGUGUUACUAAAAAUUGAGUAUACGUCUAAUAUUCGGUAUAAAAUAAAAGAAAUACGUAAUAUUUCGAAUAAAUUAAGGAACAUCGGAACAUGGAAAGCACGAGGGAGGAAGAUUUACACGAAUUUACUGUAAUACAGUUAAAAAAUGAGCUCAGGUCUAGGUAUUUACCCGUCACAGGGAACAAGGACGAAUUGGUGGCGCGUUUACACCAAGACAACAUAUCGAAACAGGAACAUGGGAUAUUGGAAGAGUAUAAAAGGGAACGUACGAAAAGGUUAUCACAAGAGGUCGAACUUAAAAAUCUCCAAAUUCAGCUCGAUCAGAUAAAAAAGGAUGAAGGUAAUAAUGGUACUGCACCAGAAGCAGACAAAGUGUCAUUGAUCCUGGAGGGCAUCUGGGACUCCCGUUGGUCCAUUCCGCUAGCAUCUCAUUGUUGUAAGGAUGUGGAAGGAUUGCUAUCUCAUGCUGCUGCAUAA